AGGCCAUUCAGUAAAAUAUCAAAAUCAUUUACGCGUCCUUAAAAUACUGGAAGUGUAAUUUCAGGGUGGGGGUUAAGUAUUGUUGGUGGGUUUGAAACUUGAACACGUGCAUUUGUUAAUACGCUACUCACUGUCCGCCGUUAAUACGCUACUUCAGUGAGAAGUAAGUCCAUAGCAAUGUUUGCUGCUGCCUGCUGCCAUGCAGUACCCCCUACCCAGCUACUGGGACAUAAUUAACGAAAGGAUCUUGAUUUUUGGGCUUUCACGAUCGCAUUGCAGUUCUCGGUUUGGAUUAUUUGAAGAUCUUUCUUCGCCACCCAUUUCACAUUGUUUCAGUCAGAUUUUUUGAAUGUCCAUUUACGUUUGAUCUGACGAUCUUGUCAUCCCUGUACGAUGUUGUUUCAGCUUGUGAAUGUGUCUGGAAGAGCACGCACAUGGAAUCCAUAUUCUGCCAGGAGCGAGGAGUAGGCAAACACUGGACGAUUUAAUUACCGUCGUCGUCAAUUCCUUUCGAAAGCGCUAGCGAUGGAUACUCCGAAUGAAGGAAAAGAUGUUUCAGUCGACGCACAGAAAAGUAAUCUCAAUGGACAGCAGAAUACCGUUGUCGAUGGAAACCUUCCCAUUGCGCAUUCCGAUGGUGCACCGUUCGAUGGUGCACCGUCGUUACCGGCAGAAAAUGGACAAAAUAAUGAAGCGAAAUCAGAAUCCGGUGUUUCGGACAUGGAAAGAAAAUCCUCCAUCGAGUCAGUUUCCGAUGGGCCGCGUGUAUCCCGACCCUCGGAGGAAGAUGCGCUCUCCCAAACGGCGGAAACAGAAGACCACGUGCUGUUUACCGGUAUUACCUACCUGGGAGCAUCUGCGUUACGAUCGCCGCGCAAUGAGCCGGAAAUCAUUAAAAACAUUGUGAGCAUGAACGCGGAGAAUCGCACUCCGGCAGAGGUGGAUUUAUUGGUGCCGCGCGUUCCCCAGGGUAUGGUGGUAUUGUAUGAGCCUGGGACGGAGGACGAGAUCACGAAAUAUCCCGUUUUUCGGAUAAUAUUUUGUGUACGGGGAGGAAGACCACCGGAUCCGCUGUCGUUGUGCUUUGCGUUUACGUUCGGUCACGGUAGCAACGAUGAAGCGAUAUUCCUGUGCCAUGUUUUUCGAUGCCAAAAUGCCGAGCAGGUGUCAAAAAUUAUCAUGUGCUUCGCCAGUGCAUUCCGCAAGCCGGUCGCUAGUCAGUUGCCGCAGGGAGAGUCAGUAUUUGUUUUUGAUGUGAGCAUGGAAGUUAGAGAAGAUGAUGGGAAGGGCAGCUUCCAAGUUUGUCCUAGGGAAAGCCGCGAUUGUUUCAAGUUUCGGGUUAAUAUUCCCAAAUUUCUACAAUUCUCAGUUCUGCAAGUCAGCCCAGAAAACCCGCAUUUGUCGUUAGAGAAAUGUACUGGAAUAUGGCUUGCUGCGGGUAAAAAUGUUACUCGCUCUGAUUUUCAUUUUCUUCCCGUCGAAACGUUUGGAAAUAAUGGAAAACAGUUCAAUGCGACGUGUCGGUUUGAUCCGUAUCUCCACCCUUUGCUCAACACCGAAACCCCUGGAGAACACCGCUCUCACAUUACAUUGAUUCUGGAUGUCGGUGUGGCAGGAUUUACGGAAGCAUUGUCUUUCGUCUUGACAGCGAGAGCGCGAAUCUUCCCUCAGACUGAAAAAUUCUGGAUGCCUGGUCGACGGCAGUUACAAGAAACCUUCUUUUUAAAGCUCCUUUGGAAGCCUUUCGAGGCUGGGAGCUCGCAGAAAGGUUAUUACAGCAUGAUAAGCCUGGAAAGCCAAUCGCAAAAGGAAGGGAAAAGCCCAACGAUUGCUAGCCUGCUGGAAGGACCAUCCUCUUCGGAUGAAAAUGAUAGUGAACAGAUUGAAGAAGAACCCCUUCCUAGCGGCUACGGACCGGUGAGUAAAGAGUGUACCCCGGAAGAACUGAAGGAAUGGUCGGAUGUUUUGCUAAAGUGGCGUCCGAAUCUCCACCAGCGACCGAAAACCUUGGCGGGUUUAGUAAGAAAGAGUGGUAUACCACAGUCUCUGCGCUGCGAAGUUUGGCAAUUGCUGAGUGGAUGUUUCGAUUGUGAGGAGUUGCUCGAAAAUUACAAGGGAUUGAGUGUACAGGAAUCCGUAUGGGAUAGUGCAAUCAGCAAAGAUAUUACGCGCACUUUUCCCGCCCAUGAGUACUUUCGAACAAAAGGCAGUGAAGGCCAGGAUCAGCUGUACCGGGUCAUUAAGGCGUACGCCAAUCGAGACCAGGAAACGGGAUACUGUCAGAGUCUGACAUUCAUUGCGGCGACGUUGCUGCUGCAUAUGCCGGAAGAACAAGCGUUUUGUUUGCUGGUGAAAAUAAUGGAGAAUUAUGGAAUGCGAGAUUUGAUGAAGUGUGAUUUCGAAGGAUUACGAUUGGCGUUUUACUUGUUAGAGCGAUUGUUGGAGGAGAAGCUGCCAGAUGUUUUUUAUCACUUGAAAGACGCCGGCGUGGAAAUGCAUAUGUUUGCCUCGCAGUGGUUCCUUACAUUGUUUACUGCGAAAUUCCCAUUGUUUUGCGUAUUUCGGAUUGUUGAUUUGUUUCUGUGCGAUGGACACUUGGUACUGUACCAGGUGGCGUUAUCACUUCUCCGAGUGGCAAAACAGGAUUUGCUGCAGUUGGAUUUCGAAGGAGUCCUGAAGUAUUUCCGUGUUAAUUUACCGAAACGAUAUACUAACGAAGACACAGUAUGUCUGAUGCUGUAUCACGCCGUCAAUGAAAAAAUACCACCGAAAAAGUUUCAACAACUGACCAAAGAUUACCAGCAAAUGAAACAGCAGUUAGAGUCCCAUGAAACACCGGUUGAGAGAUUGCAGCGGGAAUCACGGGAACAUAUGGCAGCCAUCAUGCGUUUGGACCAAGAGAACGACGAAUUGGCUUAUGAAAUGAUCAGCGGAAAAGUACAGCUGCGAAAUCAGCUUGACACGGCCGAAGAUCAAAUUGACUUGCAUCAAAAGGACAUCGCACGAUUAAGUGCGCUCUUAGUGGAGAACGAUGAUGAAAUCAAACGGCUCCGAGAAGAGGGUGCUAUGGUCAAGGAAGUUUGUCGAAAAAUAGAACAGGAAAACAAACAGAAUAUCGGAAUCGUAGCUGAAUAUAGGCGAAUCAGCGCCCAGUUGGAGGAGCGUCUGCAGAAAAUGGAAACGAAGUGGACAGCGGCGCAGGAUAUCGUCUGCGAAAACUGUAGAAACAUUUUUGUAGAAAAACAAGACGGUGAUGUCGCGAAAAAAACUGUUCAGUCUCCGGAGGAAGAUCGCAUUCGCGAACUGGAAUUAGAGCUGGCUAAGACAAAAUUGGCGCUUGUGGAGAAGGAAUGCCAGAUUCAAGAAAUGGUCCACGAAUUAGCCAGGAGCGCCAGCGAUGGACAGCAACAGCAAAAUAAUUUGCAGAGCUCGUGGCUGUCCAAGGCUGUUAGUUCUAUAAAAGCUCAAGCGGUAAAUGUAAGCGCCAGCAGUUCUGGGACAAACAUGUCGCAGGGAAGUGUGCGCGGCCGGAAGCAAAGCAGGGAGCGACAACCUAUUCCAGCGUUUCCGAAGAACAGCAGCUUGGACGGCGCUGUAAAUAAUUGAUGCUCGCACAGUUUUGAUUGUAAUUUAUUCCUAACUCGGGUUGUGUAUAUUUCCAAUUACAGAGUAGUGAUUGAAUUGGAUUCUCCGUAUUGGUUCCCGGUAUUCAAAAUAGAGCAAUUCUUUAGAAUUUUUGUUGGUCUUUUAUAAUUUAAUAUGCUUUGUGAUGGACUUUUGUUGUGUCAUAUUGUUGUGCAUCUACGCAUCUUUGUGGCUAUACACGAUCCAUUUCUGCGUGUCCUUUUUUCGCAGAUGUUUGUAAAAAAGCAUUAAAUAACGAAAUGGUAAAA